UCCCUUCCAGACGAGGCUUUAACCUUGCGAGCUAAGGACCAAGGAUGGACGGAACUACAAAUAGGUUACAUGUGCCAAGCUCUAGCGCAGGCUCAUGACGCAUGGGCCUGCCGGGAGGUUCCGGUGGGGUGCGUCGUUGUACGUGACGGCGACGUCGUCGGCCGAGGUCACAAUCUCACCAACAAAACUCGUAACGGGACUCGGCACGCGGAGAUGAUUGCAAUUGAUCAAAUCCUAGCCGCGUGCGGCGGUGCCGUGCAAGAUGCGGCGUUCGAAAGGUGUGAUCUGUAUGUCACCGUGGAGCCGUGCAUCAUGUGCGCCGGGGCGCUGUCGUUGCUGGGUUUUCGGAAGGUGUUUUUCGGCUGCGGGAACGACCGCUUCGGGGGCUGCGGCUCCAUCCUUCCCGUCAACCAGGAGGGUUGCGGUCCCUGUGCAAGGCAAGCAUCGGCGGGCACUCACGCCGGGCGCGGCUUUCCUGCCCAGGGCGGGCUGUUUGCCGAGCAGGCGGUGGAGCUGCUGCGGGAAUUUUACGCCGCGGGUAAUCCAUGCGCGCCACGUCCACAUCGGCCGGUGCGGAGAGAGGCGUAACCGAUGUCCUGUGCUGCGAAGGUCAAGCCUUUUCAUUGCCCCGCCUCGCGCCUCUUCCAAUGGACAGAAAGUCAGCAGCGAAUACGCCAAUGGACACCGAGCAUGUACGCGUCAGGCAACAAACAACCACAUAGAAACGUUUUUGACGUUUGUGUAACAUUUGGUUGCCG